AUGGCAACCAAUAGUUGGGAUAUGAAAGGAAUUGAGGAGGAGAUCCUUCGGGUUCAGGUGGCGGAGGAGGAAGAGGAUGUUGCGAUUGAAGGAGGAGAGGAAGAUGACGGUAUUGAUGCGAGAUGGUGUGUAGUCGGGAGAUUUCUGUCCGAUCGGGAUGUUGAUUUUGAAACUAUGCAGAAUGUGCUUGCAUCACUUUGGAAACCAGGUAUGGGGAUGUUUGUUAAAGAAUUGCCACCUGAUAGAUAUUUUUUUCAAUUUUACCAUGAGGUGGAUAUACAGAGAGUCAUUACAGGGAGUCCAUGGACGUUCAAUAGAAUGCAGUUAAUCUUGACAAGGCUCCAGGAAGGAGAUGAUCCGCAGAAGGUUUUAUUGAAAAAACUUGAUAUUUGGGUCCAAGUGUAUGAUCUACAACCGGGAUGUAUGUCUGUAAGUGUCCUUCGAAAUGUGGCUAAUGUGAUGGGAAGGUUUGUGGAAUCGGAUCCUAAGAAUUUUGUGGGUGUUUGGCGGGAUUAUUUCAGAGUUAGAGUGACAAUAGAUAUUAACAAACCGCUAAGGAGGAGAAUGAGAUUGACUAAACCGGAUGGUGCUAAUUUCUGGGCUACGUUUAAAUAUGAGCGAGCGCCAACAUUUUGUUUCAUCUGUGGUAUUAUUGGGCAUUCUGAAAAAUUUUGUGUGAAGCUGUUCGAAAAGCCACUGGAUCAGAUAGUGAAACCGUAUGGAGAGUUCAUGCGAGCAAAGUUCCAAAACCGAAAGCAGAACAUAGGGGCGCGAUGGCUGAGAACGAGAGGUUGGACUCCGGGAAUGGUGGUCGGCGAGAGUAGUGGUGCAGGGGAGAUGGGGCAAGCCGAUGAUACCCAUAUGGAAAGUGACAAUCAGGGCACUAAUGGGGGAGAGAUUGGUGGCGAUACUAUGGGAUUUCAUAAUCAGGGAGUUAAUGUGGGGGAUAUGCAAGUUGGUCAAAAUUCUCAAUAUGAAAAUAAUCCUAUAAAUGGGAUUAAUGAAGAAAGGAAUGAGAUGCCACCUGGGUUACAUGCUAAUGGGAGUGUUGUGAUUAUAGACAAUAAAAGAAGAAAGGCAACAGAGGAGUUGGAGAAAGAAGCUUCGGGCUUGGGCCUGGAGAGUAAUGGGCUUUCAAAAAACUCGGAUUUGGCGGGUCUCUCUUAUGGGGCUCGCCCAACAUUAUGA